AUGGCGUUUUGUAGUUUUGCAUCUCUUGUUGGUGGAACGUGUGGUCCAAGUCCAGAAAACACAAAUGUAGUUCACUUUGUUGAUUUAAAAAAUUGUGAUCGUGACGUGAAAGCGCCCUUAAAAUUUUGCAACAUUGUGACGAAUGUUGAAAGUGUCAAUAGUGAAAGAAAACUCUUACUAGCCCGUGCAGGUAAGUGAAGUGUGGCAUUUCUAUUCAACGAAGGGGCAACAGUGGUUUCUUAUGUCAUGAAAUUGAUACAUGGAAACUCACCAAUCUGUACCUAGGGAUAUUCAUCGCCCAAGAAUGCCAGCAGCACAUGACGGUCUUGUGGGGAAGCAGUAAAUACGACAGAGAACUCAAUGUAGUUACAUGUAUAUUUCAGACAACAUUAACACAACAUGGCGGUCAUAAAAGUAACGAGAGCGAGGCAGAAAAAGGUUCUGUUCUUGUGACGUAAGCAUUACAUAAAUGACCGCUGACCAGGUAACGAAUUACAUGAAAGGUAACGAAAUACACGUUCAAAUGUCACGAUUUAACUAUUUCACAUCCUCCGGGGGGGAGGGGGCGCGAAUGUCCUUGGCCCAAUCUGCAAUUCUCCUUAUUGCUCGUCGUGCUGCAUCUCUUUGUGGUCUCCUCACAGGGGUUGGAGUUUCUACUGCGGUUGCUUGAUCCUCUGUGCAACACUGUGCUUCCUUGGCGUGAACUUCUAGAGGGUGUAAUCUUGUUAUGGGACGGUUUGUUGUUCCAUUGGCGGUGCGUAAAUUUGCGGAACGCACAAGUCCAUCGCGACCUCUGUUAAUGGAUGUGACAAGUGCUAGUUUCCAGUUUACUCUAGGGCUAUCAUCAUGGAUUAGAACUACAUCACCAGCCUUCACGGAUUCUGUGUUGAUUCCUGAACGUUUGUGGAACUCUCGGAGGGAGGUAAGGUACUCAUGACGCCAUCGUUGCCAAAAGUGUUGGAUCAGUAAGGUGACACGUUUUGCCCUUCUUAGUAAAUCUGUACUUGUUUGGUAGGUGGGAUCACUCACUUCGUCACUUUCUACUGGUGGAUGUGGUAAUGACGUAAUUCGUCGGCCAUAAAGUAGAUGUGCAGGGGUUAAUGCUUCCUCAUCCUUAAUGUCUGAGGAAACGUAGGUUAGGGGACGAUCGUUUAGAAUUGCCUCUACUUCAACAACAAUUGUCUGAAGAGUGCACAGGUUGACUGCAGCUCUGCCGAGUACCUUCUUGAUGGUGGAUUUGGUGAGACCGAUGAGGCGUUCCCAAAACCCGCCGUACCAAGGCGCCUUCUUGGGGAUGAAUAGCCAUUCAAUGCCUUCCCUUGCUAGUGUUUCCUUGAGCGCACGAGAUUGAAACAAUUCCUUUAGUUCAUUGUUCGCUGAUACAAAUGUUGAGGCAUUGUCAGAUAUUAGUUUCCUUGGAAGAGAUUUCCGACUUGCAAAUCUGCGAAAGGCUAGUAAGAAGGCUUCAACGGUCAAGUCUUCGACAACUUCAAGAUGAAUAGCCCUGGUUGUUGCACAAGUAAACAGACAUAUGUAGACCUUUGUUUCGAUUCCAGCAUUUCGAACAUACAGAGCUCCGGUGUAGUCCACCCCAGUGACUUCAAAGGGUUGUGUUUGUUGUAUUCUUGACUUGGGAAGGGGUGGUGGGUCUGGUGCAUUGUAGGCUGUUCCUGAGACCUUUCUGCAGGUUACGCAUUUGUCAAUUAAAGUUUUGACGCGUUGUCGGCCAGAAGGAACCCAAUAAGUUUGACGUAGGGCGGUGAGUGUUGAGUUGACACCUGCAUGAAGCUGUUUGACAUGGGUGGAGUGAAUUACAAGAUCUGUGAAAUGGUCUUUGCUUGGAAGUAGCAGAGGAAACUUGGUGUUGCCACUUAAGGGUGCGUUGUGUAUCCUUCCGCCACAGCGUAGAAGACCACCAUCAUCAAGGAAAAGGCGAAGUUGACGUACCAAAGUUGUACGGUGUCGCGACUUCGAGAGGAGGUUGUUAACUUCAGCAUGAAAGACAACAGAUUGACGAUUCUUCACCCAUUCUGUCAUGGCAUGAUCAUAUUCCAUGGCUGUAAUUGGGCCUUGUUGACUAAGUUUCUUCUGGAGAAGUUUUACAAAUCUGAAAACAUAGGCUGUAACACGUAGAAGCUUUGGUAAACUGCUGAAAUCCGAUGGAUUGAUCAGGCGAUGAAGGCCUUGCUGUUGAACUGGGACUGUGCCGUCUGUGGUAGACCCACCAGGAGAGGUUUCAGUUGCUGAUAAGUGAAGAACCUCUGUCGUAGGCCAUGAAGGCCACUGGGAUCUGUUUGGUAACCAUGUGGGACCAUGUUUCCACAGCAAGGAAAUCUCUAGUUGAUGUGCUGUUAUCCCUCUUGUGAGAAGAUCGGAGGGGUUUUCAGUUGUAGGGCAGUACUUCCAGUUUGAAGUUGAUGUCAGCUUCUUUACUUCUUGGAUGCGAGUGUUGACGAAUGGCUUCAACAACUUGGUGCUUUUGAGCCAGUGGAGAACAAUUUGGCUGUCAGACCACAAUGUGACUCUUGUAACUGGCAGUUGUUCUUGAAGAUAUGAAGCUAAACGUGCGGCUGUUAGAGUUGCCAUAAGUUCCAAUUCUGGAAGGGUGAGUUUCUUCCUUGUCGGAGCAACACGCGACUUCGCCAUAGCUAACGAUGACUGGUUUCCACGUACUAAGUAAGCAGCAGCUCCAUAGGCUUUCUGGCUUGCAUCAGCGAAAACAUGUAGUUCUGUAUCGCUGCUAUCGACAGAGACAUUAGAAGAGAAGUAGCGACGUGGGAACUCAAGUUUGGUUGCAUCUCCAAUCUCCUUUGCUACAGCACGCCAUUUUUGAUCAAGAGAAGGUGGAAGGGGCUCGUCCCAAUCAAUCCCUUCCUUCCACAGUUCUUGUAUUAGAAUCUUAGCCGCAACGGUGACUGGUUGAAGUAAGCCGAGUGGAUCAAAGACUUUUGCUGUUUCUUGUAACACCUCUCUCUUGGUUGACAACGGGGGGGUAGAGGUUGCCUGUUUACAUGAGAAUCGUAGCGUGUCUGAAGUUAUGUCCCAUACCAUGCCAAGUACUUUUUUAGUUGGACUAGUGUCGAGGAUUUGAUUUUUGGCUGCAAUAUGUUGAACACCAGGACUGUUUGAACUCCAUGACCUGAGAUUGAAGCCCACCGGUGACAUUUUGUUCCUGGCAUCUUGGUAAUAGUUGACUGCUGAAUCAUCAUCGUUUGUUCCCGAGGCGAGAUCAUCCACAUACAGAUUCCUUAACAUAUCCAUGCUGACUUGGUCUGUAGACUGUGUGAGGUGCUUAUUGAGAGUGGCAUUUAAGAUGAAAGGGGAACUUGUGGCACCAAACAUGACAGACUUGAAUCGGUAGACAAUGAAUUCACUCUCCGGGUCAUCCGUGUUAGAUAGCCAGUAGAAGCGCGUGGCAUCUCGAUCAGCUUGGUCUAGGUUUACAUGUAAAAUGCCUUUUCAAUGUCUGCAGUUAUAGCAUACUGGUGGAGACGGAAGCGUAGAAGUAUACCAGUAAGAUCAUUGAGAAGUGGAGGACCUGGCUGUAAGCAAUCAUUCAAGCUGGGUUGUUCACCUCGUUUGAAGCUGCAGUCGUACACAAUGCGUAGAGGAGUUGUGGUAGAGUCCUUGAGAACAGCGUGAUGAGGUAUGUAAUGACACACUCCGUUGGUUGUUUCUGGAUUGUCCACUCUUUCGAUAAAAUCGCGAGAUUGUUGUUCUUGGAUGAUGUCAUUGUACAUGCGUAAUUUAUUAGGAUCUUCAGCUAGUUUUCUGACCAUGGAGCGGGUUCUCUGCUUAGUGAUUUCUGCAUUUGAUGGUAGAGGGGAUGUUCUGGUCGCCAGGGUAGCUUUGCACUGUACCGGCCAUCCUCCAACAUGAUAGACGAGUUUUGAUAGUACUUCAGAAAGUCAACCGUUUCUUCUGAUGAGCUUGGCUGAACACCAACUGAUUCAAUCCGCCAGAAACGUUCCAAAUCAAAUUGUUCUUGAUGAUGCUCAGUCACAACAUUUAAAAUAGACGUGUUUAGGUUCUCUGAAUGGUUACUGUUGGAGGGGGCCCGAAAGGAGGUAUCCUAUCUUUGAUUUGGCUGCUGUGGGACCUGGACCCUUGACAACUUCGUUUUCCACUAUGUCCCAAUAAUGAUCUGCACCGAUUAGAAUAUCAACUGUGAAAGGUGAAUCAUCAACGUUUUGUGCUAAUGACAGUCCCUUUAAGUGUGGUAGUUCCUUACAUUGGCACCAGUGUAAGUAGUGAGGGGGGCAGCUAUUGUUGGUACAAUGAUCACGCGAAUGGGAAUGUUCUCCUCUUGAGCGGUUUCAACAAAAACGGUGGCAGUGUCAAUGCGUUUAACGGAUGAUGUGUUCCCACCAAAGGUUGACAGGGAUAUGGUCUCUUGCAUUUCUGGUUUCAGAUCAAGUUUGGUCGCUACAUCUGAAGUAAUGAAGGAGCGUUGAGACCCUUCAUCAAAUAAAAUGUGUGCACUGAUGUGGUUGUUGUGACUACCAACAGAAGCAACGGCUGUUUUCAGUAGAACGGGGUGUGUCUGCUAGUAUCACCAAUGUGGUAGGAUGAGACUGAAGGUGCUGUAGUCUUGUCUGUGGUGGGUGUACAUUGAGCCUUGUUUGUAGUUGGCGGUUCAGUGGAUGACACUAGGGGAGUUGAUUCUGCAUUUUGGCAAAGACUGGUAUGAUGCUUUCGAUGGCACACCUUACAUCUGUUCCGUGACUUGCAUUUAGAUACUGAAUGACGAUUAAGACAGUUAAAGCAUACCCUUGCAUCACGUACAAUGGAGUAUCUCCUUCCCUUGUCUGUUACAACAUUACAAUCAUUUGAACUGUGUUCGCCCUUACAGAAAAGGCAUGUUCGCUUGGUAGGGCGCCGAUCAGUGGGAGGAGGGAGAACAGGUGUAGGUGGCUUUGAAGUCGUGAGAAAUGCAGCAGUAGCAGCAGUUGUUGAGUUGCUACUGAGUUCAUAAUCGCUAGAACUGUUCUGACCUGCUU